CGGAGGGGGAGGGAGAGUGGAGCGGAGGGGGAGGGAGGGUGGAGCGGAGGGGGAGGGAGAGUGGAGCGGAGGGGGGGGGUAGGGAGAGUGGAGCGGAGAGGGAGGUAGAGUGGAGCGGAGGGGGAGGGAGAGUGGAGCGGAGGGAGGGGGAGGGAGAGUGGAGCGGAGGGGGAGGGAGAGUGGAGCGGAGGGGGAGGGAGAGUGGAGCGGAGGGGGAGGGAGAGUGGAGCGGAGGGGGAGGGAGAGUGGAGCGGAGGGGGAGGGAGAGUGGAGCGGAGGGGGAGGGAGAGUGGAGCGGAGGGGGAGGGAGAGUGGAGCGGAGGGGUAGGGAGAGUGGAGCGGAGGGAGGGAGGGAGAGUGGAGCGGAGGGGGAGGGAGAGUGGAGCGGAGGGGGAGGGAGAGUGGAGCGGAGGGGGAGGGAGAGUGGAGCGGAGGGGGAGGGGAGAGUGGAGCGGAGGAGGGAGGGAGAGUGGAGCGGAGGGGGUAGGGAGAGUGGAGCGGAGAGGGAGGGAGAGUGGAGCGGAGGGGGAGGGAGAGUGGAGCGGAGGGGGAGGGAGAGUGGAGCGGAGGGGGAGGGAGAGUGGAGCGGUGGGGGAGGGAGAGUGGAGCGGAGGGGGAGGGAGAGUGGAGCGGAGGGGGAGGGAGAGUGGAGCGGAGGGGGAGGGAGAGUGGAGCGGAGGGGUAGGGAGAGUGGAGCGGAGAGGGAGGGAGAGUGGAGCGGAGGGGGAGGGAGAGUGGAGCGGAGGGGGAGGGAGAGUGGAGCGGAGGGGGAGGGAGAGUGGAGCGGAGGGGGAGGGAGAGUGGAGCGGAGGGGGAGGGAGAGUGGAGCGGAGGGGAGGGAGAGUGGAGCGGAGGGGGAGGGAGAGUGGAGCGGAGGGGGAGGGAGAGUGGAGCGGAGGGGUAGGGAGAGUGGAGCGGAGGGGGAGGGAGAGUGGAGCGGAGGGGGAGGGAGAGUGGAGCGGAGGGGGAGAGAGUGGAGCGGAGGGGGAGGGAGAGUGGAGCGGAGGGGGAGGGAGAGUGGAGCGGAGGGGGAGGGAGAGUGGAGCGGAGGGGGAGGGAGAGUGGAGCGGAGGGGGAGGAGAGUGGAGCGGAGGGGGAGGGAGAGUGGAGCGGAGGGGGAGGGAGAGUGGAGCGGAGGGGGGGGAGAGUGGAGCGGAGGGGGAGGGAGAGUGGGGCGGAGGGGGAGGGAGAGUGGAGCGAGAGGGGGAGAGUGGAGCGGAGAGGGAGGGAGAGUGGAGCGGAGGGGGAGGGAGAGUGGAGCGGAGGGGAGGGAGAGUGGAGCGGAGGGGGAGGGAGAGUGGAGCGGAGGGGGAGGGGAGAGUGGAGCGGAGGGGGAGGGAGAGUGGAGCGGAGGGGGAGGGAGAGUGGAGCGGAGGGGGAGGGAGAGUGGAGCGGAGGGGGAGGGAGAGUGGAGCGGAGGGGGAGGGAGAGUGGAGCGGAGGGGGAGGGAGAGUGGAGCGGAGGGUAGGGAGAGUGGAGCAGAGAGGGAGGGAGAGUGGAGCGGAGGGGGAGGGAGAGUGGAGCGGAGGGGGAGGGAGAGUGGAGCGGAGGGGGAGGGAGAGUGGAGCGGAGGGGGAGGGAGAGUGGAGCGGAGGGGGAGGGAGAGUGGAGCGGAGGGGGAGGGAGAGUGGAGCGGAGGGGGAGGGAGAGUGGAGCGGAGGAGGGGUAGGGAGAGUGGAGCGGAGAGGGAGGGAGAGUGGAGCGGAGGGGGAGGGAGAGUGGAGCGGAGGGGGAGGGAGAGUGGAGCGGAGGGGGAGGAGAGUGGAGCGGAGGGGGAGGGAGAGUGGAGCGGAGGGGGAGGGAGAGUGGAGCGGAGGGGGAGGGAGAGUGGAGCGGAGGGGGAGGGAGAGUGGAGCGGAGGGGUAGGGAGAGUGGAGCGGAGAGGGAGGGAGAGUGGAGCGGAGGGGGAGGGAGAGUGGAGCGGAGGGGUCGGGAGAGUGGAGCGGAGGGGGAGGGAGAGUGGAGCGGAGGGGGAGGGAGAGUGGAGCGGAGGGGGAGGGAGAGUGGAGCGGAGGGGUAGGGAGAGUGGAGCGGAGAGGGAGGGAGAGUGGAGCGGAGGGGGAGGGAGAGUGGAGCGGAGGGGGAGGGAGAGUGGAGCGGAGGGGGAGGGAGAGUGGAGCGGAGGGGGAGGGAGAGUGGAGCGGAGGGGGAGGGAGAGUGGAGCGGAGGGGGAGGGAAAGUGGAGCGGAGGGGGAGGGAGAGUGGAGCGGAGGGGUAGGGAGAGUGGAGCGGAGAGGGAGGGAGAGUGGAGCGGAGGGGGAGGGAGAGUGGAGCGGAGGGGGAGGGAGAGUGGAGCGGAGGGGGAGGGAGAGUGGAGCGGAGGGGGAGGGAGAGUGGAGCGGAGGGGGAGGGAGAGUGGAGCGGAGGGGGAGGGAGAGUGGAGCGGAGGGGGAGGGAGAGUGGAGCGGAGGGGGAGGGAGAGUGGAGCGGAGGGGGAGGGAGAGGGGAGCGGAGGGGGAGGGAGAGUGGAGCGGAGGGGGAGGGAGAGUGGAGCGGAGAGGGAGGGAGAGUGGAGCGGAGGGGGAGGGAGAGUGGAGCGGAGGGGGAGGGAGAGUGGAGCGGAGGGGGAGGGAGAGUGGAGCGGAGGGGGAGGGAGAGUGGAGCGGAGGGGGAGGGAGAGUGGAGCGGAGGGGGAGGGAGAGUGGAGCGGAGGGGGAGGGAGAGUGGAGCGGAGGGGAGGGAGAGUGGAGCGGAGGGGGAGGGAGAGUGGAGCGGAGGGGUGGGAGGAGAGUGGAGCGGGAGAGGGAGGGAGAGUGGAGCGGAGGGGGAGGGAGAGUGGAGCGGAGGGGGAGGGAGAGUGGAGCGGAGGGGGAGGGAGAGUGGAGCGGGAGAGGGAGGGAGAGUGGAGCGGAGGGGGAGGGAGAGUGGAGCGGAGGGGAGGGAGAUUGGAGCGGAGGGGGAGGGAGAGUGGAGCGGAGGGGGAGGGAGAGUGGAGCGGAGGGGGAGGGAGAGUGGAGCGGAGGGGGAGGGAGAGUGGAGCGGAGGGGGAGGGAGAGUGGAGCGGAGGGGGAGGGAGAGUGGAGCGGAGGGGUAGGGAGAGUGGAGCGGAGAGGGAGGGAGAGUGGAGCGGAGGGGGAGGGAGAGUGGAGCGGAGGGUGAGGGAGAGUGGAGUGGAGGGGGAGGGAGAGUGGAGCGGAGGGGGAGAGAGAGAGUGGAGCGGAGGGGGAGGGAGAGUGGAGCGGAGGGGGAGGGAGAGUAGAGCGGAGGGGGAGGGAGAGUGGAGCGGAGGGGGAGGGAGAGUGGAGCGGAGGGGGAGGGAGAGUGGAGCGGAGGGGGAGGGAGAGUGGAGCGGAGGGGGAGGAGUGUGGAGCGGAGGGGGAGGGAGAGUGGAGCGGAGGGGGAGGGAGAGUGGAGCGGAGGGGGAGGGAGAGUGGAGCGGAGGGGUAGGGAGAGUGGAGCGGAGAGGGAGGGAGAGUGGAGCGGAGGGGGAGGGAGAGUGGAGCGGAGGGGGAGGGAGAGUGGAGUGGAGGGGGAGGGAGAGUGGAGCGGAGGGGGAGGGAGAGUGGAGCGGAGGGGGAGGGAGAGUGGAGCGGAGGGGGAGGGAGAGAGGAGCGGAGGGGGAGGGAGAGUGGAGCGGAGGGGGAGGGAGAGUGGAGCGGAGGGGGAGGGAGAGUGGAGCGGAGGGGGAGAGUGUGAAGUGGAGGCGGAGAUUUUCAAAAAGAAGUUCACGUAGAGCAGAGCAGAAUGUAGGAGUGUGCGGUAUUAGCAAGAGGCAGGACACACCUUUGGCACGCAGUUGA